CCCGCCUUGAAAGCCAUCCGAUCAGCUGCAUACACACACACACACACGCACACACACGGUCAUGCAGAGGGAGAAAGCAAAGGGGAGGGAGAGAGAGAAAGAGAGAGAGAGGAAGAGCACCACACACAACGAGGGAACCCCAUCAGCUGGAAGUCGAGUAACAUUACAACUCUCAGCAGCUUGAAACUACUACAUUACACAGACGAGGGAUUCAUAUCUCCUCUGAGGAUUUAACCCACGUCAGUUCACGGAAUUUUCACUCUCUAACGUCAUCAUUUUUCUUUUAUUCUACCGAGACUGUUCGCUGUUUUUUUUUAAUUAUUUUUUUUCCUGAGGGGGGGGGGGACCAAACUGGCGAGAGGCGAGCAUGGAGUAUUUCAUGGUACCAGCUCAGAAGGUGCCCUCCUUGCAACAUUUCAGGAAAACGGAGAAAGAAGUGAUUGGAGGUCUUUGCAGUCUGGCCAACAUUCCUCUGACCCCAGAAACAGCCCGGGACCAAGAGAGGCGAAUUCGCAGAGAGAUUGCAAACAGCAAUGAGCGUCGGCGUAUGCAGAGCAUCAAUGCUGGAUUCCAGUCACUUAAAACACUCAUCCCACACAGCGAUGGAGAGAAGCUCAGCAAGGCUGCCAUCCUGCAACAGACAGCAGACUAUAUUUUUACUUUGGAGCAGGAGAAGACGCGGCUAUUGCAGCAGAACAGUCAGCUCAAACGAAUCAUACAAGAGUUAAGUGGUUCCUCCCCGAAGAGGAGGCGUGCAGAGGAGAAGGAUGAAGGGAUUGGCUCACCAGACAUCCUGGAGGAGGAGAAGACUGAGGACUUGAGGAGGGAGAUGAUCGAGCUGAGGCAGCAGCUGGAGAAAGAGCGGUCAGUCAGGAUGAUGCUUGAAGAUCAGAUGCGCUCACUGGAUGCACAGUUGUACCCAGAGAAACUGAAGGCAAUUGCCCAGCAGGUCCAGGAGCAGCAGGCCCAAACUCAGAGCCUUGUUCAUCUGCAGCAGCACAAGCAGCUGGAGAGGGACCUCACUCCAGCCCACAGCCCACAGGUGUUGGCUCCGGCCACCCCUCCUGCACCUACACACCAUGCCACGGUCAUUGUCCCUGCACCUGUCCAACCUCCUCAACCCCAUCAUGUCACCGUGGUAACCAUGGGCCCGACAUCAGUUAUCAAUACAGUGUCCACAUCUCGACAGAACCUGGACACCAUUGUUCAAGCAAUCCAGCACAUCGAGGGCACCCAGGGGAAGGGUUGCGGCGGUGAGGAAGAGCAGCGAAGGGCAGUCAUCGUCACUUCGGGCCGCGUCCUCUCCGAUGCGGCGGGCUCAGACACCGCCUCAAACAGCGACGGGCCCGAUGACUGUUCGCUGCCAUGAGUUCAUUCCUGAUGUCUCGCACGCCAUACACUUACACGCAUACACAGAAAAGGUCCAGGCAGACCAGGGCUAAGGGAGGUUUCAUACCCACAGCACUCUUGUUCAGUGGACAUUAAUAGGGCUGGUAGACAGAUUGAAGCACUCAUAUUUUUUUUCUUCAGUUUUUUUUUUUAAUACGCACUCUUACAUGUUGUACCGUGAUAGGCAGCCCAAAUAGGUUUACACUUAGACACCCAUACAUGCAGUCUCUUUUCCCUGCUUAUCUCUAGCCCCCUGCUAUCUCACUCACACACAAACUCAUGUCUCUUCAUUAAUCUGUAGAAAGGUUACUAGAGCAACUACUUCACUGACUGAUCUAUAAACACUCUGUCAUAUGGGAUACUAGAAUUUUGAAUGUCUGCUAAACAUCUCCAUUAACCACUGGGACUGUUCUCUUUUUUUGGCCCUGAAACCAUGUGACUGAUCUGCGAAACAGGAGACAAAGUCAAUGAAGAGCCCAGCAUUGCGGCAUCAUCACCACCCACCACCAGAGCAUUUCUGAUAAGAUGAACAUCCUUUUAACCUCCUUCUCAUCCUGACCCAUCUAAGCUGUUUUUGGAGAGACACUGUGAGCUUAGAAGACUGUCUCAAAGUUACACCGUUAAAGCUUCUGGAUGAAAGAUUAUAUUAUUGUACUCUUGUGAAGUCUAGUUUUUCUUGUUUUGUUUUUCUAAGGCUCCCACAGUCAGCAAGUUAAAAGUGAUUGUACUGGAAAAACAUUAAAAAAAGCACCAUGUUGACGGGAAUUUAAAAGCUGUUGUCAUGGCUGACUGGUGCUCACAGGAAGUGAAAACGAAGCUCGGGAGGAGAGAGUGCACUUACUGGCUCACAACUCUAUUCUUUCUUUUGUUUGUUUGUUACCAUUCUUACUGGGCUGGGUUCCCAGUAAUCCCACACACACACACAUAUAUAUAUAUAUAUAAUAUAUAUAUAUAUAUAUAUAUUUGGCAUGUUUUUCUUUUUACUCAUGGCCUGACAAACAAAAAACAAACAAAAAAAAAAACAUCAGUACUUUGACAUUUCUUCACACCCUUUCUUCUUGAAUAGAAAAAGCACCUGGCUUGUUAAAUAAGCUAAUCUGUGGCCACUCUUGAGUGAUUUCCACUGGCGUAUGUGUGUGUGUGUGUCCCUUUUUAGCGUUUUGAAUCAACAGGGCGCUAGCGGUGCCCCAGACUCUGGCAGUCUGCAACAGCGCCACUUUUGCCUUGAAAUAAAGGCACACAUGUAUGUGUGUACAACAUUCACACAUACAAAAACGACUGACAUACAAUCACUUGUUCGCUCAAUCUUAAGGGCUGGUUUUAUUUAGCCCGUGACAGUAUAGUUUCUUGUCUAAAUGUUGGGACAUCUAUCAAAGCAGAGUAUGCUACAAAUAUGAGGAAAAUGCCCAGUGAAAUUGUUUGAAUGUGCCAUGGGGGUGACUGGGCAGACCAUACAUGCUCUAUGCAUUUCCUUACAUAGAUCAUUUGUCCUUUUGUAUGCCUUUUGUCUAGUGUACCACACUAUUUACAUGUUUCAGCUUAGAUUUUCUUUUUAAAUGCGUUCUUUUGCCUGGUAGCAUUGGUUGACAGGCAGAUUGACAUUAAGACGUAGCUGAGAGAGGCAGCAACUUGCCUUACUAUAGCCCAUGGGUGCAGGGAGGCAAUGUGAAGCCAGCCUUAACACAGCCCUGGGGUCUGAGAGACGUACCUGAACACUUGAUCUGGGCCGUUUGGUGGCCACUGGAAUCCCUCUGGUUUUCACUUUGCCUUUCCAAACAGGCUUUUAAACUCCCAGGCUGUGUUAGCACAUAUAUUCCCAGUUGUUUUGUCUAUUUCACUUAUAUUUGCUUUAUUGUUUGCCUCAAAAAUGAACAGGUUGCUGGUAUACAAUUCAAGCACUCUGAUAAUUUUUCCCUUCUACGUAUUCAAAAUAUAUCUGAGUACUGACUUCUGGUAGGAUUUGCUUGUGGAUUUUCAACCCUCUUUGUGCACUGUUAUUGUCAGAUGUGUGGAAAAAAAAUUCCACAAUGAAAUGUUGACAUUCCAUAAAAUUUGACUCAUUUUUUUCCUAUCAGGUUAUUUAGCAAAGGUUUAACCUGGUAUAUUUAGAGAUUAGUUACAUAUGGCUUUUGACACAUCACUGCUAUUUUAAAAUCCCCUGCAUCAAUGCAUAGAUGGAGCUUUGAACUGCUGGACAGAUAAUGUGUUAAAGUUAACACACCUAUAUCAUGACUUAUGUCACAGAAUCGCCCUUUAAGAAAAUAUUGAUGUCAGCUGCACUGAAAUGAGUGACGAGUUUGUCAAACUUAAUCAUGGGGCAUUUUCCCAGUACUUAUCAUUAUAGGAAGGGGAUUCCUGGAUAUUGAAAACAUGGUCUGCUUUUUGUAGAGCCAUUGCUUUUUUUUUCCUGAGUAUCUGCAUUUGAUCGUCAUCUGCUGAAUCCCAGAACUGUUUUUUUUUUUUUUUAUUUCCAUCUGUGUUUUGCACUCUGUUCUGUGUCUUAGGAAACGUUACUGUGGACAUAUCAGAUUGUCAGAUGAGUGGGGUGGGCCUUGGGAUCAUUAAAUGGCGUCAAGAUUACAAAGCACUUACUGUACUAUACCGGAGUCCGCCUCUUUCCUUUGUAAAAAGGGGCACCUCCCCAGCUGAAGCUCUUGAGGUUAUGAGUAAAAACCGCACAGCUGUGUAUCCCCCCUCCCCUCCAUGUCCAGUCCUCCUACAUCUUGUCCUAUUUGCCCUUCACAUCUUUUUGUUCUUUUGCAAUCUUUUAUGCUGUCUUUGUUUAACUAUUGACAAUAUCUCUUGUCUCCUCUCCCUUCACAUUUUGCAGCUCCCUCAUCCCCCUCUCUAUUUGUCUGUUCUCUGUACUUUUUUUUUUUUUGGUAGACCUGUCUGUGCGUAUGGUCAUCAAGAAGCUAUUUUGAUUUCUUUUUUUGUUUUUUUAAGAGAAAUGUUUUGGGGAUAAAGAGGCUUGUGCCUUUGUAAAGACAGAAUAAUAAAGUUUGUACUUUGUUUUUUACA